AAGAUGGCAACCGCACUCACAUUGGUUACAAGAAAAGGUGCACUGUUAAUAACUACAGCCAUCUGAACAACUGGCCAUGUUGUUGAAGAGUUAUAAUAACUCAAACUUUUUUCUAAGUGUUCUGAGUGAAGUAUGCAGAAAGUUCACAGUCCCGUAUCACAGCUGAAGAAUGACACAUCUGUUUGUUUUCUGUGACCGGAUGACCACCUUAUGAAGAACUCUAAUUAGCAUUGGCUCAAAUCAUCAUAUAUUAAUCAGUGGCAACUUUUUUUUUUUUUCAUAAAUGUCAUGUGAAGCAAAAAUCAAUGUGUCACUGUUGUACUUCGAUCUCACACUAGCUUUUGUGUGGGUCUGCUUGGAAGGUUUGUAAAGAUUACAAUGUGUCAGAUGGUUGUUAUUGGAAUCUGUUAACCGUUUAAAAAGAGUCGCACUGUUAAGUUGAGCUGUACUGUACAGACUCUGUUACAACGUGCAACCAUGUUUGAGAACUGCACGAAACUCAAAGUAGUGAGAACUUUACUCAUCAUCUGUCUUUCUUUGGUCGUUCUCCAGGGUUUUGUAAAUAUUGUUUCCUACAAAUACAUGUCUCGAUUCCUGUCUGGAAGUUUGAGCCUGUUUUCAUCAUCAUCGCCAAAGAAUUAUUCCCUCUCGGUAUUGGAUCGUCUGAGUGACUUUAUGCUGGGUAGCACACCUCGACCACAGGCAACAAACGACACACUUUAUCCAUCAUCCUCUUAUACUAGCACCACUCCUAACAUGACCGCCACUGUUAGCACAAACUCAAGUCUUCCGCUGUGUCCUUUGGUUCCACCAAGCUUAGUGGGUCCUCUAGCAACAUAUACUGAUGCUCCAAGUUUUGAAAAGAUCGCUGAGCUUCACCGUGAACUCCUGCCUGGAGGUCGGUACAAACCAGCCGAGUGUGUUGCUCGGCAUCGAAUCGCCAUCAUCAUCCCAUAUCGCAACCGUGAGGAGCAGCUCCGCAUCCUCCUCCACAACAUACACCCCAUUCUGAAGAGACAGCAGCUCGAUUACGGGAUAUACGUCAUCGAACAGGCUCUGCCGACGCGGUUUAACCGUGCAAUGCUGAUGAACAUCGGAUUCAAGGAGACCCUCAAGAUCUAUGACUAUCAGUGUUUCUUCUUCCACGAUGUCGACCUCAUUCCCGAGAACGACCUCAAUCUCUACACCUGUCCUGACAAUCCUCGCCACAUGUCUGCUGCCAUUGAUAAAUUCAAAUACAAUUUACCAUACACUGGAAUAUUUGGUGGUGUCAGCGCUCUAUCCAAGGAGCAUAUGGAGAAAGUUAAUGGAUUUUCUAACAAGUAUUUCGGCUGGGGUGGAGAAGAUGAUGACAUGUCCCAGAGGAUUGUACAAAAUGGACUUAAGAUUAUCCGGUAUCCAUUAACAAUAGCUCGGUACAAAAUGAUAAAGCAUGGCCGAGAGAAAACGAAUGAAGUUAAUAAGAGCAGGUUUGCUUUGCUUAAUUCAGCAAAGAAGCGGAUGAAGGUAGAUGGGCUGAACAGUUUGAAGUAUACAGUUAAUGCAAUAGAAUUUCGCCCACUUUACACACUGAUUAACGUGUUGAUUGAUGAAAAAUAUAUUAUGAAGUCCAGAUGAUGACUGAAAUGAUCACAUAUCAUGCGUUGAAUUUGGAGGCUGUGAAAGAGAUCAACAUGUCUGUGAUACAUAAUAACAAGUGUUAUCAGCACUGUAGUGAAACAGGUGUUAUCAGCACUGUAGUGAAACAGGUGUUAUCUACUGGACUACGCCUCUGUUGACUGCUGUGUGUUAUCAGGUGUGCCUGGGAGUUUUUGUUCAUUAUUACGUAUGUUAAGAAGAAAACAACUGCCAUGUUUUCCACGUCGUGUACAAAAGCUGGGUUUUAUCAAUUCAGUGCUCAUUGCCUGAGGUGGUAUAUUUAAUGUUUAUCUACAGGCCACUGAGAAUUAAAAUUUGGUGUAACCCAUGUAUGAUUACACAAAACUACUUCAGGUAGCCUAUUUGAGUUUACGUAACCUGUUACGACCAUCUAACUCGUGUCCUUUAAUAUGCCUCUGAAAAAUAGGUUACUUGAAAUAAAAACUUGUGAAAGUAAUGUGUUAAUGAAAGAAUAAUUGAAGCAAUUUUCAAAGGUUUGGGCUGUCCUUUUCCUUAUUCUUGAGUUGUUGAUGGUAUUUACUAACCCACAGAAGAAAAUGGAAAUAUGAUGUGACCAUUAUUUGUAGAUGCUAGCCAUGCUGUUGAUACUAACAUUGAUGUCCAUGCAGUCAUGACUGUGCUGUUGCUACUGAAUGUUGAAUAUUUUUAAUACCCAGAGCAGAUACCAGGGCUCGAAAUGCAGUGUUAGUACAUGCACCGGUGCAUGCUGAUUUUUGCGUGUGCAUGUAACUUUUAAAACUGGGUG